AUGGGAGACAGCAAACAUGAGGGUACCGGCCCACCUACACCCCUCCAAAACAACUCGGGCAGUGCUGAACUAGAGUGGACACCCCAGACUAUCUUAGCAAUGGUCAGUGUGUCACUACUGACGAUCUUGACCAUAUUUGGAAAUGUGCUGGUCAUCAUAGCGGUUGUGAAGUACAAACGUCUGCAGAUCCCGUCCAACUACAUACUGGUCAACUUGGCUGUGGCUGAUGUCUCGGUGGCGGUUUUUGCUCCCCUGGUGUUUGUCGUCGAGCUGCUGGGUUACCUGGUGACCAAUGUCUACCUCUGCAUACUGCCCUACUGCCUGGUGACUCUUGGAUGCGGCGUCUCCUUACUGAGUCUCGGGAUCGUUGCUUAUGACCGGUACGCCGCUCUGGUGAAGCCACUGAAGUACUACCAGCACGUAACGAUGAGGCGUGUCCUGUGUUUCUCCCUUGUAAUCUGGAUGUUCGUUUUCAUCAUUGCUUUCAUGCCACUGUGUUGGCAGUUUCUGGUGGAGAGCCAAACGGACGACCAGCCAGCGUGUAGUUUUUAUCUCCUAUCCAAGUACCUCCUGCUGUUUCAAGUGUUGGUGAUAUUUGUGCCGGCAUUCCUCGUCAUGAUCGGAUGCUAUUGCCGGGUCAUGCUGGUCGCUAGACACCAUUCCCGUGCCAUCUCAGCCAUCCAGCUCUCUCUCUUCCCCAACACUUUCAGCAAGAACUUGCACAUGUUCAAGGGGACCAAAUACACCAGGACAUUACUGAUCAUUCUUGGGUUCUUUUUCCUCACGUGGGUCACGUUCACUCUAAUGUUACUGAUAGAGCGCUUCUGUGACAUCUGCAGUAGGACCAUACCUUUGCACCACUACUCUGUUUUUCUCAUCUUCGCAAACAGCGCCUUGAAUCCGUGGAUCUAUGCCCAUCGCAACCAGGACUUUAAGUCUGCUUUCCGAAGGCUCUUCCGCUGCGGAAAGAAGAGUCAGCGGUCGUCAGCUCGUGGCCCGGAGGGUCGACGAAACUCCAGGGUCUCCGAUGCACUGAGCAGGACAAACAGCAUGGUAGGAGGACUUCAACACUUGCACGUCUUAUACAAUAAUGCUGACAUUGUUCCGCCAGCGGUUGAUGCGGAGACUGGCCAGCUGGACUCAAAAACGUCGUUCAGAGCAGCACCAAAACUGAUUCAGCACAAUAUCAGCAAACCAGUUGUUGAGACUGUUGCAGAGGAAGUGUCUGGGAAUGUCUGA